UAAUACAUUCAUCGAGCUCGGCUGAGAGAGAGAGGGUUAUGGAGUUUUUCUGUGGGGUUAAAUCGGUCUAAAUUUGACCGAUUGCUCCACUGUUUUCCCCGCUGUAUAACCACGAGAACUUUGCUUACAUAUUAUAGAUUUGUUAUAUACAGUUAAAUUUACAAGAACCUCAAAAUGGGAAGGCAACGAGGAGUGCAUCCAACAUGUUGUUUUUGUCUUCACGUACGAACUGGCUCGGUUUUGAUCGGGUUAUGGCACAUGGUUGGGCAAGUAUGUGCUAUGCUGCUUAUUGCAUCUAUGAUCAUCAAGGGCACUGUCAAGACUGAGGACAGCACGUCCACCAGUUUGUCAAUUGAGGACCAGCAUGAUGCAUCUGAUUACUGUGUUGGACUGGUCAUCAUAUGUUGCUACUUUCUGAUCACAAGCAUGAUGAUUAAGGGAGUUGCACAGCACCAGUCAAGUUACCUGCUGCCGUUCUUCUGCCUGCAGCUGUUUGAUUUCUUCAUCACAUGCCUGACAGCUAUCGGCCUAAUGUCAUACUACCCAGAAUUUGACUACGAAGACAGUGGCAAGUUCCCGUACAACCAGGAGUUCAUGCACUGGAAGGAGAAGCUGCCCAUCAACAAGAUGGAUCUGGACAACCAGUGGUUUGUCAUCGUUGCCCUGGUCAUCUUCAUGAUGAUCAUGGUAGUCAAGGCCUACUGCAUUGCCUGUGUGUGGUCAUGCUACAAGUACAUCGCAGCCCGUGAGAUGGGAGACAAUGCCCAAUCUGGCAAUUAUGCCAUGGAUGCUGAGGCUCUGCUCCCCAAGCUGCCAACCUACAGUGAUGCUAUCCAGUCUCCUGAUAGCAAGCCACCACCAUAUGAGCAAUAGAUCAGCGUGGCCCUCGCAAGUUAAAACUGUUCCACACCCUCUUCUCAUUGUCUAUUUUAGUUUCAUCCCAGCAUAUUUGAUGAGAUUUGUUGAAGAUUCAAAAACAGUUAUGUGUGGAACAGCCCCUUUGGGGGAUCAUAACGAGCAAAACAUUUUAUUAAUAACUCUAAUACUCACAACUAAAAGCGCUUAUUAAUAGAAGAGUAAGAUAUAAACCAUAGAAAUAAAUACUCAAGAUAUUUACAAUGAAUAUAAUUAAAAUUUACGGUUUGAAAAGAAUUUGAGGGAAUAAAGGGAACAAGUUCAUUUUAGCCGAGAAGUUAAAUGCAACAACACGUUAAUCUAAUGUCAGCUUAAAAUGAAACGUUCAACUCAAAAUGAAUCAAAAGUUACCCAGCCGGCCUUGUGGUUUAUUACUUGAUAAAGUAAAGUGUGUAGUGGUAUCCUACUUGUGUCACUCUAUAGUAAUCGCACAUGAUGAUCAUGAGUGUGUUUAUAUAUCUUUAAGAAUCAAGUAUCGGUGAAAGUUCUAAAUUUCUUCUUUAAAAAAAAAAGCUGAGGAAACAAGAUUGAACAGACUGGACAACAUAUCCUUUACUGCAUGAUACUUAAAUCUCAUCUUUAACUGACCAAAACUUGUGUUUGUGUUUGUUGUUAUGAGUGUAAUUUUCAGCAGGUAGAGUAUUUACUGGUGGUGGGUUUAUUUUAAAAUGCUAAUUUUUUGAUGAGGACAUAAAAACAGCAGUAAGAGACAAAGAAAGCAAGGGGCUUGAUU